UGAAGUUUCAUCAUGUAUAUAUUGUUUUGUAGAAGACAUCACUUCUAAAUGUGUGUAUUCCGUGUUUAUGUGAAUUCACCGUGAUGCUCAGAAACGCACAUGGAAGUGUCAUUUAAGAGGUGAAAGGGCCGAACUACAGAUUUGUCUCCACCGGUUAAUGUCAAAGAUCUGCAGAUAUUGGAGAACAUCUAUAUUUAGAGCACGUGCAGAGUAGCAAGUGAGAUGACAUUACCGGCCAUCCUUUCUCUCUGGUGGCUCUUAAUAGUGCAUCUAUCCAAACAGACAGUGCAAGGGGGAGAGAUCCUAGAGUCGUGUGGUGGGCGAGACUGCAGUGCGUGUCAAUGUUUGGCAGUCAAAGGUUCCAGGGGAUCACCUGGUGCUACUGGGGAACAGGGUCCUCUAGGGCCUCCAGGUUUUUCAGGAGAACCGGGGCCACCCGGACAAAAAGGAUACCGUGGAUAUGAGGGAUUUCCUGGUGUGUCUGGACCAAGAGGAGAUGCAGGCAGUAGAGGACAACCUGGAUAUCCUGGAUUGAACGGAGUCCCUGGUCAUCCCGGACUAGAUGGCCCUCCUGGUCUUCCAGGAUUAGAUGGCUGCAAUGGAAUCAUGGGAGACCCAGGAUUAAACGGCUGUUAUGGAGAAAAUGGAUUACCUGGACCAAUGGUUACAUAAACUAAGAUUAUACUCCUUCAUUUCACAUUCUGAUGGUCAUAAACUAAGAGUUUUCUUACACUAAUCAUAUAUGAUUUUUCUAUUAAAUCAUAAGCUUAUUG